AUGGCAACUUACUUUGACGGAAAGCCAUCAUUCAAGGACGUCCCGGUCAAAGAUGGCCAGAUCUCCACAACUGAAUUCUUGUUGGCUUGCGAGUCCGUGGUGAAGCUCUUUGAUCUGUUCGAGGCUACAGCCUUCUCUGUUGUCCAGAGCGACAUGACCGGAAACAUCAAGAAAAUUCGCGACCGUCAGCUCGCGACCCCCGCAAAGUCAGAAACUAUACAGGAUCUCGUCAAGAACGAGAGGGCAGAGGGCCUGAAAACAGCUUCUGAGGGUCUCCUCUGGCUUACUCGUGGUCUCUUAUUCACCUCAACUGGGCUUCGUAAGAGUGUCUCGAACCCCUCAGAAGAGCUAUCCACUUCGUUCACCAACGCAUACGGCGUAACUCUCAAGCAGCAUCACAGCUUUGUGGUCAGGCCUCUCUUUGGUCUUGCCAUGAAGGCUUGCCCCGCACGCAAUUCGUUCUACGCGAAACUAGGAGAGAACUGCGAUGCCCAGCUCGAGGAAUGGCUUACAAGCCUCGAGUUGUGUGUUAAUAUUCUCAGCAAGUGGAUUGAAGGCGUGAAGCUUUAA